AUGAGACCCAUUAUAUUUUUUAAGUUUUUAUUACUUUUCAACUUUUUUUCUUUAACUUUAUCGAAACACUGCCCGGCCAGGUGCCAAUGCUUUCGUAGCAAGGUCGCGUGUCUACACCAGGACCUUUCGACGGUCCCAAAGCCGGCAGCCGAUACCCACAGUCUGGACCUACGCUUCAACAAGAUCACGGACAUAGAGCCGGGAGUGCUGUCCCACCUGCAUUCGCUGCGCUCCUUGCUGCUCAACGACAACCGACUACGACAACUGGUCUCCGGCACCUUCCAUGGACUCCGCAAGCUCAAGUACCUGUACCUGUACAGGAACCGCAUCCAAUACAUCGAGCAAGACGUGUUCCAGGGACUCGAGCACUUGGAACAACUGUACUUGCACAUUAACGAGAUCCACCAAAUCGACCCGCAAACGUUUUCCAAUUUGCCACAUUUGGAGAGAUUAUACUUACACAAUAAUCACAUCAAGAGGAUUCCAGUAGGGUCAUUCUCGGAUAUGCCUAAACUGCGCAAACUACGUUUAGACAGCAAUGCCCUCAUAUGUGACUGUUCUAUGCUGUGGCUCGUGAAGAUGAUGUCCCAACAUAACGAUAUGUACAUCGACGCCACGUGUUAUCAGCCUGCCCGAGUCACAGGAAUGCCACUUUCUAUAAUGGAAGAACGGGACUUCGAAUGCAAAAUUCCCGAAAUCCAGAAGGACCCAGAGGACAUUACAGUGAAUUUCGGAGAUGCAGCUAUGUUCACUUGUGUAGUUACUGGCGACCCCACCCCUGAGAUAGUUUGGCUACGAGACUCUAACGAAAUUCCUAUCGACGGGACCCGUUAUGAGGUUAUGGAUAACGGGACUCUGAUGCUCCACGACAUUAGCGAUAUUGACACUGGAUAUUUCGAAUGCAUGGCUAAAAAUCCUGUUGGUGAAGUGCACUCUAAACCAGCUAAAAUGACGGUCCAACGAAAACGAGACAGUGAGAAUUUGGAGAACGCCGCUCCUGUAUUUACCGUAAAACCACAAAAACAGUUUGCCAAGCUUGACCAGGAGUCUAUUAACUUUGACUGUGCCGCAAAUGGACACCCAAAACCUCACGUUGCUUGGCGUUUCAAUGGCGAGAGGAUUUUAUUGAAUGAACGUAUUUCAAUACGGUCAAAUGGAUCUAUUUUUAUUGCUAACAUUCAAGAGUCGGAUGCAGGCUUAUACACGUGCCUGGUUGAAAACAUUAAUGGAAAAGUGAAUGCAUCUGCAGCACUCGAAGUGAUGGUUCCGCCUACAUUUCUCCUGGAACCACAUAACAAAACGGUAAAAGUUGGUGACGACGUGGAAUUUAUAUGUACUGCUAAAGGAGUACCAAAACCACUUAUAAACUGGUUUAGAAAUACAUUAGUUUUACCAUUAUCUGAAAACAUCAUUUUGAGUGAUAAUAACCAAAAUUUAACCAUUCUGUCAGUCACUGAAGAUGAUGAAGGUAUUUACCACUGCAGAGCAGAAAACGCUGAAGGCUAUGUUGAAGGAUCAGCUUACUUAACUAUUGAGAACUAUGAAAUUAUUCGCCCACGUAUUGUAUUGAAACCUGAGGACACUGACGCUUAUAGAGAAUCAUCAGUUCAGUUACCUUGUGAAAUUGAAAGUGAGCCUCCUGCCACAGUAGAGUGGAGAAAAGACGGAUCGUACUUAGAUGACAGUCGAAAACAUUCAAUAACAAUAAUUGGAAGUUUAAUCCUGCAUAAUUUGACAGUAAGAGAUACAGGCAGAUAUGAGUGUUCAGUUUUCAAUGAAUAUGGCCGCGAUACCGCGUCAGCUUUCUUAACUGUUAAAGACCGUGUUAUACCUGGCGACGAAUAUGUGAAUAUAGCACUGACUGAAGCGACAAGAGACGUUGACCUCGCUAUAGAGCGAACCAUGGAUGAGUUAUUUAACAACAAUAACACUUCCAAAACAGAUAUUAGUCGAUUGUAUCGAAUUACGAGUUUCCCGAAUGCACCAGCUAGAGAAGUAGCUCGCGCUGCUGAAAUAUAUGAACGAACUUUAGAUAAAGUCAGGGAUUUUAUUCAAACUGGCCAUAAGGUAACCUCGGCUGAACCGUUCUUAUACCAGAACGUAUUAUCCAAUCAACAUCUUGAGGUAAUUGCACGUCUAUCUGGUUGUGUCGCUCAUAGAGACAAAAACGAUUGUUCUGAUAUGUGUUAUCACAGCAAAUACCGUAGUUAUGAUGGAAGCUGUAAUAAUUUUGCUCAUCCUACUUGGGGAUCGUCACUUAGCGGAUUUAGACGAAUUCUCUUCCCUAUAUAUGAAAACGGAUUUAGUCAACCGGUAGGAUGGAACAAAGGCAUUAAAUAUAAUGGCUUCUCGCUACCAAGCGCUCGUCUAGUAUCUACCUCUAUAAUAACAACCGAAGAUAUUUCUGAAGAUCAACAGUUGACCCACAUGGUCAUGCAAUGGGGCCAGUGGUUAGACCAUGAUUUAGACCAUGCUUUACCAUCAGUGAGUUCUCAGACAUGGGACGGCGUAGAUUGUAAGAAGACCUGUGCUUAUGCAGCACCAUGUUUUCCAAUAGACGUACCUCCUAAUGACCCUCGAGUCACCAACCGUCGUUGUAUUGAUUUUAUCAGAACAAGUGCAGUAUGCGGUUCCGGUAUGACAUCGGUUCUGUUCGGAACCCUACAACCACGAGAGCAAAUCAAUCAACUGACGUCUUUUAUAGAUGCGUCACAAGUAUAUGGUUUUGAAAAAUCUGUAGCAGAAGACCUAAGAGACUUAACGAAUGAAAACGGAUUAUUGCGUGUGGGUGUGACUUUCCCAGGCAGAAAGCCUUUACUUCCAACCGUUGGUAUUAAUGGAAUGGACUGUAGGCGGAAUUUGGAUGAAAGUAACCGCAAUUGUUUUGUGGCUGGUGACAUCAGAGCUAACGAACAAAUUGGUUUAGCAGCAAUGCAUACCAUUUGGAUGCGUGAGCAUAACCGAAUCGCCAUUCAACUAAAAGUGUUGAAUCCAUUUUGGGAUGGUGACCGAGUCUAUCAAGAAGCAAGAAAGAUUGUAGGCGCACAGAUACAAAUCAUAACUUACGAGCAUUGGCUCCCAAUUAUUUUGGGCAAAGAAGGAAUAAAUCAACUAGGCCAUUAUAAAGAGUAUGAUCCUAACCUGAAUCCGUCAGUGUCUAACGUGUUCGCGACUGCUGCUUUACGAUUUGGACAUUCAAUGAUAAAUCCACUGCUACACCGUUACGAUGAAAACUUUGAACCAAUCGCAGAAGGCCAUCUUUUACUUCGUCACGCCUUUUUCUCUCCCUGGAGACUCGUAGACGAAGGUGGGGUAGAUCCUUUAUUGAGAGGCAUGUUUACAACACCGGCUAAGCUAAAAACUCCUACACAAAAUUUAAAUUCCGAAUUGACUGAAAAGUUAUUUUAUAGUGCCCACGCCGUAGCUCUUGAUUUGGCAGCUAUCAACAUCCAGCGAAGCCGCGAUCAUGGUAUUCCUCCGUACACAAAAUGGCGCCAAUUCUGCAAUAUGUCUGAAGUAAAUGAUUUUGAUGAUUUGGCUGGAGAGAUUAGUGACGAAACGGUACGUGAAAAGUUGAAGGAGCUCUAUGGAUCCGUGCAUAACAUUGACGUUUGGGUUGGAGGUAUCCUUGAAAAUCAAGUAGAAGGUGGUAAAGUAGGGCCCUUAUUUAGAUGUUUGCUAGUUGAACAGUUCCAACGUCUCCGAGAUGGAGAUAGGUUCUGGUAUGAAAACCCAUCCGUUUUCAAACCAGAUCAACUCCGGCAAUUAAAAGAAACAAGUCUGGCACGAAUCCUCUGCGACAAUGGUGACAACAUUGAUACAAUUGGCGAAAACGUGUUUCUUCUUCCUGAGGUUCAAGACGGUAUGGUUUCUUGCGAGGAUUUGCCAUCCAUGGACUUACGCUACUGGGCUGACUGUGAAAGUUGUGGCGAUAACGGAGGACUGGAACGAGCAAAACGGCGAGCUCGUAGAGACACUGAAAUGGAGGAUGAUAUUCUAAUUGAUAAAGCGCGCAUCGAUGGCCUGGAAGAUUCACAACAUGAUAUCGAAAACACUAUUGCAACGCUGAAAAAACGAAUCGAGCAGUUGGAAGAGACCUGCAAAACGGAAUAA